CUGUUUGCAGUUUGUAUAUCAUGGGCUGCAGGACUUCACCAAGUGAACUACAUUUCCCACAAUUCCUCGUUAGACAGGUUUGGAACUGGAGUUUGGACUUUACAUUGCUGUUGAUUGUCAAGCAGACCAGACAAUUUAAAAAAUAUAUUUAUUAGAUACUUUGUCAUAAGAAGAAAAUAUAAUGUUCGCACUUUUGACACACGCGUGUAAAAGAAAUGUACGUUGCUCGGCCGCGGUGCAGUUAUUAUGGGGAGAGGCGGGCGCGCUCGCGCUCGCGGCUCGCGGCCACACGGCGCGGAGUUCGGAGCUCCUGAGGCGCCUGUCGACCAAGAACUUCAAUGUCCCUCCGAGCGCCGAGUUUCUGGCGCGGGUCUCCGGUAUCUGCACCAUGGGCAAGUUGCCCUUCUGGGACUCCGCGGAGGGACUGGACGCCGCUUUCGUCGGAGUUCCCAUCGACACGGGCACUUCGAACCGCCCCGGGGCAAGGUUUGGUCCUAGGGAAAUCCGAGCAGAAUCGGCCAUGCUGCGGAGAUACAACGGGGGCACUAAGGCCGCCCCGUUCGAGUCCCUGAUGGUGGCGGAUAUCGGAGAUGUCAACGUCAACGUCUACGACUUGAAGGACACCUGCAGACGCAUCCGGGAAGCCUUCAAGAAGAUUGUGGCUGCUGAUUGCAUUCCUCUGACUAUGGGUGGUGACCAUACCAUAGCAUACCCCAUACUGCAAGCUGUCGCCGAGAAGCAUGGCCCAGUGGGUCUGAUCCAUGUAGACGCCCACGCUGACACCAGCGACAUGGUCCUCGGGGAGAAGAUUGGCCACGGCACACCGUUUCGCCGCUGCGUGGAAGAGGGCCUGCUGGACUGCAGGAGGGUAGUCCAGAUCGGCCUGCGCGGGACAAGCUAUGCCCCAGAUGCAUACCAGUGGAGCCGAGAGCAGGGUUUCCGAGUGGUACAGGCUGAAGAAUGCUGGUACAAGUCCCUUUCUCCCCUCAUGGUGGAGGUUAGAAAGCAGAUGGGGGUGGGGCCAGUCUACCUUAGCUUUGACAUUGAUGCCUUAGACCCUGCCUUUGCUCCUGGCACCGGUACACCUGAGAUUGCAGGACUUACCCCUGUCCAGGGACUCGAAAUUAUAAGGGGCUGCCGUGGUCUGAACCUGGUGGGCUGUGACUUGGUAGAAGUGUCUCCACCAUAUGACACCACAGGUAACACUGCUCUCUUGGCUGCCAAUCUGCUGUUUGAAAUGAUGUGCGUCCUUCCAAAGAUAAAAUACUACUGAUACUUAUGAACAACGCCACCUCUGCAAACAAAAUCUGAAUCACAGGCAAGCAGGACUGAGGCAAACAAUGUAUGUGUGGUGCUCCUUUACAUCAAAUUCUUACUGUUAGUUUCCACUUAGCAAAUGUAGAAAAAAAAUCAAACUAUACAAUCUACAGCACUGUCUGAAAGUAUGUGAAGCCCUCAUGUCCAUUAGUUUUACUACAAAAUGGUUAUUUAAUGAUAACUUUUUCCUAUCUUACAUACUGUAUGUGUGUAAUGACCAAUUGCAUAUGUUGCCUUAGAGGAAAUUGUAUGUAGAUGAAACAGGGAAGUGGUGCAGGUGCAUAAAUAAGGGAACCCCCAACUUGCAUUGGUUAAACCAAGUAGGUAAGUAGAAUCAGGGUGUGUAAAGUAAUCAUUUAUUAAUUUUAUAAGCUUAUUCUAAGAUAUAACAUUUAGGUAAGUUUAUUUUAUACAAGAAUGACCAUCACUAUAGGGUUCACACACUUUCAAGAAGCACUGUAUUAUAAACAGAUUUAUAAUAUACUUUAAAAAAUAUGCCUAUACUAAAGUCUAUACAAAUGACUAAAGACCUGAAAUCUUGUUACAGAACAGUAAGUUGUAUUAAAAAGAUGAUGUAUUAAAUCUUUAUUUUAUGAAUACAAAGCAUUUGACACAGCAAAGACAAUUUGAGAGUUAAAAUGCCUAUUAAUGUUUGAAUAAAGUUAAAUGUUUAUGCAAAUAGGUUUUUUUUUCCUUCUCCUUCAACCUUCAGUUGGGAGUUUUU